GCGUUUUCACAGAGCGUUGCCCGGAGAUAGCGUGGAGAGAUCGGCGAGCUCGGAGCUCCGCAUUCUCUCUGGCAACCAAAUACCGGUAGAGAAUUCGACGAGGAGGAGGAGAGGGAGGAUGGGGACGGGAGACGGUGCCGUGAUCCGGCGGGCUGCCGCGGUGCAGCUGCUGCUGCUGCUGCUGUGCUCCGCCGCGCUGCUGCCGCCGCGCGCCGCGGCGGUGUGGCUGAGCCUCCCGCCGUCGGGGACCAAGUGCGUGUCGGAGGAGAUCCAGGCCAACGUCGUCGUCCUUGCCGACUACACCGUCGUUUACGAGGACGACUCACACGGCACCGCCAGCAUCUCCGUGACAUCACCAUAUGGUGACGUACUUCAUCACAAAGAAAGUGCUACAAUAGGCCAGUUUGCAUUCACUACUUCUGAAUCUGGAAAUUACUUGGCAUGUUUCUGGCUGGAUUCUAACAAAGGUGUUGGGGCGAGUGUUAGCAUCAAUUGGAAGGCUGGGAUUGCAGCAAAGGACUGGGAAUCUGUUGCAAGAAAGGAAAAAAUUGAGGGUGUCGAGCUCGAGCUGAGGAAAUUGGAAGGGGCUGUGGAGGCAAUCCAUGAUAACUUGCUGUACCUCAAGAGCAGGGAAUCAGAAAUGAGAGACGUCAGUGAGAAGACAAAUGCUAGAGUUGCAUGGUUCGGUAUAAUGUCCCUCGGUGUUUGCAUAGUAGCUUCUGCUCUGCAGCUGUGGCACCUGACAAGUUUCUUUCAGAAGAAAAAGCUGAUAUAAGAUUAACAGCUUAGGCAAGUUCUGACUAGGAUUUUCCCCCUAGAAGUUUAAAAUUUGCGAGACCUAUCGUUGUUCGAUGAUGUUUUUCUUUUGCAUGCAGAUAGUCCCGUUUUCCUAUUUCUUCCAUUGAUCAUGAGAUGCAACUCGAAGAUGCACAUGGAAGCAGGCAACGCAUGCAUGGAUAUCUACUACAGCAUUGAGGCUGGAGCUUAACCUCUUUUUCUUCUUCUUCUUCUUCUUCUUCUUCUUCUUCUUCUUCUUCUUUCAGAGGGGAGCUUAACCACAUUUGUUUGCCACCUUUUCUUCUUUCUGAAAAUUUCUUUUCCAGUUCUUUGGUUCUGAAUAAAUUUUCGUAUUUGAGUCCCUAUAUGUCUUACAGAGACUCGGCAAAGUAGUGUGACACUGGAGCUGAAGCAAAUUGGGGACUUCUCUGUUGUCCAGUUUAUUGACAAAAAUGACAAGCCAAAUACAGAGAAGGAUUUAACAAAUAAAAAGGAAUAGUGGAGCAGAAGAACUUUCAUUUUGGAUGUCGUGUAUAAUAUUUCUUUAUGGAUGAGAAAUGAGAACAUAACUUCCUGUUUGUUAGUUGA